GGGUUAUGUUUGCCCAUGAUAAAGUUUUGUACUCCCGUUGUGUGCAUGAGCGACAGAAUGCAAUUGAAAUCGAAAAGUGGCUGGCUGCACUUGGGCAUUUUCAGCUAUGUGUGUGUGUGUUAUUAGACAAGAAAUCGAGAAAUUCGUAGAGUGAAUUCAAAGUUCCAUUGUGCAAUGAUGCACAAUGUAUUCGCUGUUAUAAAAUAUGUAUUAAUUUCCGGUAUCUGUUUUGAAUAAGUCAAAAUUGUUUCGCGAAUGUGUACACGUCUAAUAAAGCGUCAUGGCGGCGUUAUGUCAUGUCAGAAAUCUAUGUAGGCUGGAACAAGUAUGGCUGAAGAACCUAAAAAAUUCUAACCAGAAAGAUGUGCACUGCUGAUCCAUGAAACCAACCUGUUUUACAUCUUUGUAAAAGAAUUGCGGAGGAGCACUCUAAGGAAUCAGUAUUGUGUACAACGAUAGAGAAUACCAAGGCCUUUAGUGCCCUAUUUAAAUUAUCGACAGAAAUCUGAAUAAUUCAAACGCUUUUGAGACAAAAAUAAGAUAUCAAAAUGUUUAAUUUCCAUAAACCACGAACCUAUCGUUCGGCGGAAGGAUGCUGCAUAUGUCGUGCCAAAUCGAGUAGUUCACGUUUUACUGAUUCUAGAAAAUAUGAACGCGAUACAAUGCAAUGUUUUGAUCUCAAAUAUCCCAGGCAAGGCGAAAUUUGCAACGCCUGUGUGUUGCUGGUAAAACGUUAUAAGCGUUUACCAGUGGGCAGCAAACGGAACUGGAGCCAUGUCGUUGAUGCUCGCGCUGGUCCGGGCAGUAGUAAAAUCCAAACAAAAUACAAAGGCGAACGCACAAGUUCUCGCUCGCAUUCAACGUCCAACAGUGCAACGACCUGCCCGCCAUCGUCUUCGUCUUGUAUAAGUAAUACGAGCGCAUGCAGCAGUCCCAACAUUAUUGCCAAUGGUCACCCCAUGUCGUUUUUACCAGAAAAAUUCUCCAAAAUAUUUAAAAAGUCGAAAAAAAUUAAGGAAUCUUCUUCCACAUCAUCGCUAUCCUCUAAUUCGUCAACAUCUUCGUCAUCGGCCAAACGUAAAUCAUCAAACAACGGUUGGUCGCACACUGGAAAUGGUGUAAAUUUAAAUUCUCUGCCUACAACACCAGAUUCGCUAGAUAGUGACUAUGAAGAUUCUCGUAUAAAUGGUUCGUCGAGUUUGGGAACAGUGGUGCAUUUUCAAACACAAACACGAGCUUCUGCUUUUAGGGCUCAAGCAGCUGCAGAGGCUCGCAAAAGAGUGUUGAAAUUGGGCAGCAAGAGGCGAAAAUUAUUGAAACCCCGAAAAAAUCGACGCUUAACUUCGCAUGAGGAGUCAGUGCAAUUCUACGAUGAUGAGGAGUGGAGGGAAAAAAAGUCAUGUUGUGGUUUGUUUUACGAAUGUCCUACAUUAAGCGGUGCCAUAUUAUUGGAUGUGGCGAAUUAUAAACCAUGCGAUAAACACAUUUCCCUAAAAUGCCCAAGAGCGGCGGAAGAGUCAACUGGCAAUGAUGCCAAGGAAAAUAUGUCAGCGAAUGCAGCCACGCCGAAGCCCCUGCUCCACAGUAUACCAGUCGUGGUGCAACUACAACCUUCUGCGCAAACAUCAUCAAUGAUGCACAGUGCAUCCUCACCCUGCGUAUCUGCAGUUACCAAUGUCCCCAUGUCAACGCCGCCACCUACGGCCUUAACUAUUACCAAAUCAACACCAGUGCUUAAGAAACACCAUUUAUUCUUUAAAAGACAAUCGGAAAGUUUUCCUCAAGGUGACAUGGUCACAACAUCAACAUCAACAGCAACAUCAAAUUAUUAUUCUUCUAAUAAUAGUGUUAGUAAUACUAAGACUGAGUCUGAUUACAAUAACCAUCAUCAUUCGGCUGCAGAGCAGCAACAGCAGCAGCAUCAUACUCUUGCACAACAGUAUCCAAAUCUUCAAAGUACAACAAACAUUUUUCAACGACGCAAUGAACAUGCCAACACAUCAACAGCCUCAUCAAAUGGCAGCUCCAUAACGUCCUCGGUGGCAACUGCCCUGAGCAUUUCGGUGUCCACAGUGGCGGCAUCCAUGCCCACAUCAGCAUCACCAUCGCCAUUAUUUACAUCCAUGCCACAAAUGCCUAAACAUUCCCUAGCCAAGGUUACUACCAUAUCGCCUCCCCAUACCGCCGCAACAAUGCCGCCACAAAACAAGUCGGGCUUUUUGCAUAAAAUUAAGGCAGAUACUGGUAAAAUUGUUAAACAUUCGCUGGAUAAAUUCAACACAGCUGUUCGUUUAAAGACAAGUGACUUGAAUGAUAUGAAACCAAUAAUAAAAACUAUCGAUAAAUCUCUAAUCGCUGCAAAACCACCAACAAUGGCCAACAUUCAGAGUUUGAAUGUAACCCCUGCAACAACUGCAACUCCAUAUCACACUUUGUCGUCAUACAACUCCGUGGCGCAACCAACACUAACCACAGCGUCCCUCUCGGCAGCAUCACCAACAUCAUCAACAUCGUCGACCAAAUUCAGUGAUAAUUCGUCUGAUUCAGGCUUUGAUGAAAAUAUGCUCUUAGAUCGCAAGUCCGCGAGUCCAUUGCAGGAAGACUGCGAAAAGAAGUUGCUCAGUCGCCAUGGCGUACAAACAAUGUUUUUGGCUAGUGGUGUUCAAAUUCAGGGACAACCACAAAAUUUGGUUUUAACCGGCAAUGAAGUGGCGGCCAAAAUUUUACAAAAUCGCAAAUACAGUUCAAUACCACCCAUUUCACCAGUUCCAGUAUCGUCAAAUGCACGCAUAUUAGCCACAAACCAUCCCACAACAACGGCCGUUAAAAUUGCCCAAAUAUCAACUGGAAAUGGGGGCGGCAUAGGUGCCUUACCCCUAACAUCUACAUCCCUGUCGCAUUCUUCAUCUGUGAUGAGUUCAGCGGCAGCUCAAGCAAAAAUGCGUGCAAUCUAUAACAAUAGCAAUACCAUACAACAUGAAAAUGGAAUAACCACCAUUGUGCCAGCGUCAUCGCUGGCAGCCUCAACACAAUUGGCUGCUAUGCAAAAUAUAAAUAUAGCUCCCAGUACGGUGACCAUAACACCAGCACCGACAACCACACAAUUUAAUGGUCAAAAUAUAAUAUCGAGAAAACUCACAGCGGCCAGUAUAAUUAAUUUACAAAGCAAUAAUCCAAGCAAUACAACUCAACAUCUCAGCAACAGUGGCAAUAAUUUGAGUUCAUCAACAGCGACAAAUCAAAAAAUUAUACUACUAAAAACUUCACCUACCAACAGCCAUGCAAUUUCGACAUCGUCCACGGCAGGCGGGUCCAAAUUUAGUACAACAGCAAGCGGCGGAGGUGCUCGUUGAGUUGUUGUUAUAUCUUAAUAUUAGCAUAGGAGAUACAGAGUAUGAUAAUAAGUGUGUAGAUUUGUUUCGUAGUACAUAUAUCCAUGAGAAUUGCCAAUAAUUUGGCAAUUAUGGUGCGAAUGACGAAAUUUUAAAUGCCUAGAGUUGUUUCCUUUGGAAAUCCCAUCACCCGAUGUUAUGUAGAGAUUAAGAUGGGAGACCCUCAUUAUUAAGAAUUGGCUUUAUAAUGCCACCUACCCAAGAACCCCACCUCUACCUACUUUAUUCCUAGAGACCUUAAUUAAUUUAUUCCAUUUUCUUUUACGUUUCCAUGCCUCUUGCGAGGUUGUUCCCUUAUUUGUUUUAUCAAUUUUCAUGAAAAAAACAAUCAUUAUUCUGUCUUGAGUUUGUGCAUACUUACUUUCUCACUCCCAAAUACUCAGUAAAAAUAUAUUUUUUAAAAUGAUUGAUUUCCCAAAUAAAAAUGUUUUGUUUCUUUUUUCUCUCGGUCGAAUCCAGUUUCAAAAACAACGUUGUUUAUUUACACAUAAAGAAAUAUAUAUUUUUUUUAAAUUAGACGAUAUGAUGAUAUACUGAUAAUCAAUAAUUGGUGGCCUCUCCUAAGACAUAUAUAUGUUUAGUAUGUAUACAUAUAUGUAAAGUAAAAGAAUUUUUUAAAUACCAAAAAAUCGGAAAUUUACUUUAAAAAUCUCGUUUGCCUUUCUAAAAGAAGCUUAUCCAUAUGUAUGUACACAUGCAUAUGUUUUUUUUUUCGUUUAAGGAUUUUUAUACUUUACCUCCUCUCCUCUUUAGUUACAAUAUUAAGCAAAAAAAAAAACAAAAACAAAAACAAAAAAUCAUUUCCUUAAUAUCUUUGUUUGUACAUAUAUAUGCAUAUAUAGUAUAGAGGAAACACAGUUUUAGAUUUAUAUCAGACAGAGAAGUUUCACCACAUAUAAUUUGGUUCUUGUAAAUAUUAUACAUUUAUGCUCUAAUCUUAUGUCGUUUUUUAUUUUUUGUUUUCAUAUGUAUUUUAGAAUUUUUUCGAUAUAAGUUUUUUAAGAA